AGUUCACAUGUUCCCUUGCAGACGUUGUUUCGCUGCUGUAUAGUUUGCAGAAAUGAAGGACUUCAUUGCUGGUUUUCUACCAUAGAAACCAGCUCCUUUUAGUCUUCGUUUUAUGGUACUCAUAAACACACAGAGUUCGUUUAUUUUGAUUGAUUUAUGAGUGACGCACUGAUAAAAGUGUCGCGGACAACAAGGGUUUUUGUUUUCCUGUCCCAAGCUCUGUUAGUCUUUCGUUUUCUACCACAUUUCGGAACUCCUUCCAGUAUAUUCCUUCUGUUAAAAUUGGAAAUUGUCAUCACCAUUCCGGAACUUUUCUACAAUUUGUUGUUUAAUGAUUAGUGAUUUUGAUAUAUAAAGAUAUGUUUCCGAUAGCUCUUGUGGUAAUAUUACAGUACUCAAAUUAUUUUUAAUAAAGUUAUACUGAUGAAAAAGCGUUUGAUCCAUUCGAAUCUUGUUAGAGACAGUAAAAAUUAGUGUGAAACUUUUACUGUCUAUGUAUCACACUAUGCGAUCAAAUGCUUUUGAUUUGAAUUUUGGAACACGAAAAAAAAACACUAUUUAUUAUGAAAAUUUAUAUGCAACCUUUAUUUUUUUGUUAUGGGCCAAACCAAAAUGAAUAUGUAGAUUAUAAUAAUUAUUUUUUAUAUAAUUCAAUUUUAAUUUCUUUUUUAUAAUAUAUAAUAUAAAAUUGGUCCAGAAGUGUACCUUUUUUUCCUAUUUUUCUCAGCAUUGAUCAAAUUAAUUAAAAUUUGAUACACUUAUUGACUGACACCCUGUAUAAUAACUUGAAAAAACAAACAAAAUAUUACAAAACGUUUCACACCAUUAAUUUAUUUUGUACCUUCAACUUAAAGUCUCUGUCACACUACUUUGUGUUAUUUGUUAUUUUAUUUUAUGUUUUACCUACUUUAAGUGAAAGAGUGCUUUAUUCUGUGUUUUUCUGUUUUAAAAUUUGAUGUAUAUAAUAUUGAUGAAACUAUUACUAGAUAUUGUUUGACAUGGCUCCUAUAGAGUACAUUGAUAAUAAGUCUUUGUCAAAAGAAAUGUUUAUAAUUAUAAUGACGUCCAUGUUUCAUAAUGAGGAUGAUUUAUCAGAUGUUUAUGAUUACUUAACGGAAUACAUGAAUAAAAGGAAUUCUCCAGAAAUUGAACUUGAAUCAACUUUGCAAAACCAUCACUCAGGAGAAACCCUUAAUAGUUCACCCAAGUCUAAUAUAAAUUUUACACAAAAUACGGAUCAAUUGUUUUCAGUUAACGAACCAAUUUUACAAAAUUAUCAUGAACCAACACGAAAGAAAUUUGAACACGAGUAUGUACCUCAGUGUGAUCUAAUUGACAACAAUUGCAUUGCAAUCAACCUAUUCAAUUUACCAUCAAUUCCAAUAUCCAGUCCUCCACCUCGAGAACGGGAGCCGUCUACACUAUUUGACCCAAUUAUACCAAACCACAAUGACACAUCUAUUACGGAGACUGUUGUCCCAGUUAAGGUUAAGGUUAAGAGGAAGAGGCGAAAACCAUUACUGGAGUUUCCUUCUAAUACUCCUCAUGAUGACAAUUUGUAUUGUGCCGAGUGCAACAAACAGUUUUCCAAACCUUCGUAUCUAAAACAACAUAACAACGCUCAUCAUAAAGGUCCACGUAUUCACAAGUGUUCAAAGUGUGGAAAGAGGUUCCCCACGUUGAUGUCUCUGAACAAGCAUAUAUUGAAUCAUACAAACAAGCCGUACAUUUGUGGGAUUUGUAAGAAAACCUACCGACAUAAGUUUGAUCUGGAGAGACAUAUGAGUGUUCAUGGAACUGGCUACAAGUACAGCUGUAGAGUUUGUGGGAAAAGUUUCCAGAGGAAUGAUCAUCUGCUAAUUCACGAGAAGAUUCAUUUAUAUAGAUAGGGAAAAGACUCGAUUUA